AUGAGAGAAGAGCGGGAGCAGGAGAAAGGGGAGCAACGAGCUUGGUUUGCGCAAUUCAAGCGGUCCGAUGAGGAAAGAAACCAACGGAUAGCCGAGAUGGAGGAACUACUGCGACAACACCUGUCAGUGGCACCUUCCGUGGCCAGUGCUCCUUUAGACCCUAAUGCACCCCGAACGGUUCCUGUUGGCAACGGCAAGAACCCCCAAAAUGCCGGCCCUCAAACAUCAGGGAACGGCAAGCAACCAGAAGAAGCUGGUCCAGUUGGAGGCAACGGAGGCAAAAAACCGGAGGACGCCGGCCCAGUACAGGGAAACAGUGGCAGGCGACCGGUGGGAGCUGCUCCGGUAGGAGGGAAUGGUGGAAAUCUACCUCCCCGAAAUCCACCAAGAGGAAACGUUGGGGGAGAUCCAGAACCUUCCGACGACGAUGACGACGAUAACAGUGAAUGGUCACACGGUCGGAAGAAUUGGAGAAUGAACCGAGGCGGGAACCGGAAUUCGGCGCCGCCUGAAGACGACGAUAUGGUAGAUUCGCUCGCCAAAAUACCCUUUGAGUUCGAUAAUGCCAGAAAGCAUAAUCUGCGGCAUUGGCUCAUGGAGUGCGAGAUCUACUUCGAGCAGAAGCCCAAGAAGUUCCGAACGGACAGAAACAAGGUACUGUUCGCUGGGACGUAUACGUGUGGGUUGGCAAAGGAAUGGUUUAUGGAAUAUAUCGAGACCAAGAUGCUUGGACCGGCAGCCGCGGACUACGCUACUUGGACUCGGUUCCGUCAGGAGAUUAGGAAACGUUUUCUAAGCACUCAAGAGGCUAUGGAGAACGCGAUGAAGAUGCAGCAGUUUAAGUACUCUGCCAACAUCGGAGACUACCUGACGAGAAUGGAGAUCAUGAACCAGCAUGCUCAGAUGAAAGGAGCAUCCUAUCGCGCCGCCCUGCUCCAAGGGCUACCAAAUGAAAUCCGGGAGCGCCACUCACGCUUCGAUCCAACCGAUGACGACUCCGAGUACAUCCAACAGUUGGAACGAGCCGGCAAGGCUCAUGAGGCUUAUCAAGAGCAGAUGAAAAUGUUGGGGAAAGCGGAGUCGAGAGGAAGGGAGACGAAUAAUGGUGGAAACUCGCGGCAAAAGGAGAAGGGGUUUAAGAUCAAGGGGAGGGCUCAGACUGAGGAGAAAGAAAAAGGGCAAGAUAAGAAGAGCACCAGCAAGAACAAGUCGGGAACAAGCCAAUAUACCACGACUACGACGAAGCCACCAAAGGAGUUCCACAGCCGGUCCGAGAACAGCGAAAGACCGAUGGAGCCUGU